CAUAACUUGAUCCAAUAAUUUUUCUGCUUCACCAUGGCAUCUUCGCCUACAGAGGAUACGGCGCCUUUACUACGAACACGCCUGCUCGCUGACGGUACUCAGCAUGACGGUAAUAGUACCAGAUAUUCUCCGCUGAGCACAGAGCUAGCUCGCGUGCUACCUGUUCCACUGUUGUGUUCGGUGGCAUUGCAUAUGACGGUGGCGCCGACUAUAUGGGUCUAUGCCUACCUAUUCUGUGAACACCCAGAGCAGUGCAGAGACGAGGAAAAGCGUCAAUACGCAAGCUCAGUAGCGACUGCGACCGCUGUAGCCAAUGCUGCAGGCCUACUAACUCUGGGCUAUCUCGCGCGCCUGGUCCACUGGGAUGCACGAGCAGGAUUAAUGGCUUGGCUCCUAUGUCGAGGGCUAGGCGUUCUAGGUUUGGCGAUGAGUAUAUAUCUACGUAGUUUCCCCUGCGCUCUAGGUGGCCAGAUCCUUCAAGGUCUGGCGUCAGAUAACCUACUACACUUCAAUCUCAACUCGAUUUACGCCCGUGCAUCUUCUGCUGAAGCUGUAUCCGUAUUAAUGGGUUUAUCUUUAGCUUUUUAUAUGGCAGGUAUGGCCAUCGGCCCCGCUAUCGCCGGAUUCUUUCCAUCCUUUGAGUGGACGUUCAUCGUGGCAACAACUCUUUUUGGUGCCAUUAUUCCGUACAUCUGGACAGUUAUGUCAAGCGGCAAUCCGAAAAAUACGCACAACGUCGGAAAAUAUCAGUCACCAGCCAAUCCAGAGUCUGCCCCAGAGGUACCUUCCAGCAAAUACAAGUACUUGGCAGCCGUCCUUGCCCCAGCAGGACUCUUUUACGAACGUCCUAGAAGUCUUCUUCAGGGACUCUCAUUAUUCUUCUACAAUAUGGUUCAGGGCUAUCUCUUCAAUCUGAUAUUUGUCUUUGCUUCUGUACAGUUUAGCUUUACGUCAAAGGAAAAUGGGCUCCUCCUCUCCCUCAUUGCCAUUGUGGCAGCCUCGUAUCUCUUGGUAUCACUGUUCAUCAUACCACGUCUCGCCCUUUAUUUUGGAUGGUCUUUCACAAAAUCAGCUACUAUCCGCCCUUCUGCAAUGGGAGAGAAUUCUUCUAAUAACCCAACAAUGCGCCAGGGGAGAAGUUGGGAUUUGGGAGCUGGCGCUGUCUCGAUACUCAUUCAGACAGUGGCUGUAGCAACCUUAUCCCAGGUCCGCCAACCCUCACUAGUCUAUCUAGGAGCAUCUUUAACAGCAUUAGGUCUAGCAGCACCUUCUUUUAUUAAAAGCUACUUUGUUGCUUCCUUGCCAGAUCCUACACAAGGAGUGGCUGCGCUAGCACUCAUGGAAACCAGCGGAGGCCUUAUUAGUCCUUUAGUACUGGGUGCCUGGCAGGCUCAACACCCAGGCAGCUCAGUUUUCUAUUUAGCAUCAGGGAUUUUGGGUACAUCAUUGUUUUGUUUAGUAAUAGGAGCAUUUUUGUAAGGUUAUAUAUAUUACGACCUGAGUUUUGCUCGUUUGUUUGUUUUCUAUGAACGACCCUGCUAAUAAAGCAGUAUAAUCUCAUAUUGUGUAACGAACCGGGUCCUAUAUAUUUGGUAUGAUUUCAUUUAAUCAUAGGCGCCUAGGGAGCGCAAUCAAUCUUAACUACAUAGUUGUUUUAUUUAUUUCCUUAUUUUAAAGGUUUAAAUUCUUUAUC